AUGUCGCAGGCUGUCCAAGCCAAAGUACAGAAACCUCCGCCCCCAUCGGCGCCUGCCCGUAAAAGGCGGAAGAGAACUGUCGUGAGUGGUGCGGCCGACGAUUGCUUCACCUGCGCCCGCAGUGGCUCGUCGUGUGACCGCCGCCGCCCGUACUGCUCGCAGUGCCUACAAUAUGGGGUCGAGUGCUUGGGAUACAAGACCACGUUGACAUGGGGCGUUGGAGUUGCAAGCCGCGGGAAAUUUCGAGGAUUGUCUCUACCAGUGAGUGGCGCACAGCCGGCGGCUGCUGGGAAGGAGAAGCCUCGUCGUGGACCAGAAUGUCAAAGGCCGCAACCGCCAAAUAAAGUACUGUCCCCUCAAUUUCAACCGGUGUUCUGGAGACAACCAAGCCCGGCAAAUUAUCCAUCUCAUCCGCCGACACACACAUCGACGGAUUCAUCAACAGAUGUGGAAUCAGUCUCUGCGCCUGGGAGCUGGACGGGAUCAUGGUCCCCGUCAUUUCCCUCGCCACCAACAGCAGCGUGGUCAUGUUCGUCCACCGAAGACAAGGAAACGGACGAGGCGAUUGCAGAGGCGAGACGACGUAGCUCCUGCUACCAUCCCGCGGCAAACCACUCGCCAUCGUUAUCUCAAUUGCUUCUCGCACGGUCCGUUGGGCGAACCCCCCGCCUUCGAUACUUAAUUAGCUAUUAUGCAGAAGUCAUUGCUCCGGUGAUUGUGGCUUUUGAUAGCCCAACAAAUCCCUUCCGUACUUCCGUCUUGCGUAUGGCGCAGGUUAGUACGUCUCUUCAAGAGGCGAUUGCCACCUUGUCUACCAGCAACCUGCGACAGAGACGUGAACGGGGAACCUUCUCAACGGGGCGGACGGAACCUGCGCGGAUGUCUUCCCUAGCGCAUCGAGCUUUAACUGAUGCAUCGAUGCAGGAAGGCUCCGACCCUUCCGUCCCGGACGGGUUUGCUUUGGAGGAGCAAUAUCAUCGUGCUAUGGCGGUCAAGGAACUGAACAGGGAGCUGGCUGACCCGCACAGGAGGCUCUCGGACUCAGUCCUCGCCACCUUGUUAAUACUAUGCUUGUUUCAUGGUUGUGACACCGGGGUUGGUCAGUUCAAAACCCAGUUUGCUGGGGUGACCAAGCUGCUCGCGAUCCGGUUGCGCUCCUCCCCGUAUCCGUCGGACGAACUGAGAUGGUUCAUCCGUAUGUUUUCAUGGUACGACACCAUGACGGCGACAACCAACGACCGUGAGAUUCAACUGCAUAACAAGUAUAUUGACCUCACUGCCACCGCUGGUGAUGAAUGGGGCCUCGAGAACCUUGCUGGGUGUGAUGCUGAUUUGUUCAAAAUCAUUUCACACCUGGGUCGGUUGAAUCUCCUCAGCCAGAGCCAGGAAAAUAGCACACAACCUUCACCGCACGUCUUUAUCUCUACCUCAGUCCCGCCGCCGUCAAUGGCGUACUACACUCCCGAUGCGCUCCUCUCAAGGGUCCCGACGCAAAGUGAUCCGUUUGUUUUCCCUUUGCCGACCCUGCCGCGACCCGGCGACCAGACCACGCAGCCUCGGUCUCCAGCUUUCUUGGCGGAGUGGUAUUCCGUCAGACAGCAAUUAGAGGCGUGGCGGUUUCCACAAGACAGAGUCGACCAAGGGUCUGCAACCGGUGUUAUCCCCCCAUCGAUGCACGCGUACAUCUCACCACCCUCCUCACCGCUCUGCCAGUCGGGUGUUGCUCCUCAAAACGUGGAGGACGUCUUCCACAUAUCUGAAACAUUCCGGCACUCAGCUCUCCUCUACAGCGAGCGCCUCGCAUACCCGGAUCUAGCCUCGUCGCACCCUCGCAUCCAGCAGAUUGUGCAGCGCUCAAUAUCACAUAUUGUAGCAGUCAAGUCCGACGUCUACCUGCUGUGGCCUCUAUUCAUCACCGGCUCAGAGUGUGUUUUCGAAGAACAUCGUAGAAUCAUCCAAGAGCGCUGCCAGGAUAUCUCCAAGGACUCGGGUUUCUGCAACAAUCUUUCAUGUCUAGAGCUGUUGCAGAAAAUCUGGGCGGACACUACUGCUGAAAUGAACGAGAACAGCGCUUACCUCGCAUCGCCCGUCUACCCACAGACUUUGCCGCUUGAGGCGCCUUUCAAAGGACCAGGGUUCCGAUGGCACCAUUUGAUGCAGGCUAAGCGAGCAGAAGGAGAAUAUAUGGUGGUGUGA